AUGCUGAAGUACCGGCGCAACUCUCCCGAAACGACUGCGUCCGAAGACCUCAUGAAUGAAGGCUGGAAGAAUAUCGGAACCAAAAUCGAGGAUAUGGAUGAAAAAAAAACGACACAGGCCCACUGCUUGCAUGUGAUGGAGAAGUCCGACAACAGCCAAUUCGGACCAGUACUCCGCGUUCUCGAGCGGCUGGAACUGCUGGAAGAGUUGCAAGAGCCCUUAGAUGUCAGGUCUCUCAGAUGGGUCAGAAUGUCAGUCUGGAAUGCCCCUCUUGAGUCGUCAUACAUUGAGAUGACAGCUCCAUUUUUUACUGCUGAUAGGGUGUCAGGGGUCUCGUCCUCGCUCUGCCCUCUCAUCCCUUCCCAAACCACGCCGAGAAUACGACUCAACCUCCCCCAACGAUCAUUCCAAUUACACCAACUAGCUGCAUCAGACAACACGUCCCAGGCUUCGCGGAAGCGAAAGAGAGAUAGUACCCAGAUACGGUCUGAAAUUUAUCACAGAGAGCAAAACCAACCUGAGAACAAGAGCCCAACUGUAGCCUCUGAUACAAAUCACAGAUCAGAUCUGAAAAGGCCAAGCGAAGUGUUAUGUCAAAGUCGAGAUGCUUGCAGAUGCAUCGUGACCAAAUGCGCUGGACCAAUUGAUGUUGCACAUGUCGUCCCAGUUUCUUUGGACAACAAGGACAAGCGGGAGCACUUCUUCACUUUUAUGGGCCCCACGAAUCCGAAAGCGGCAAAGCCCCCUUGA